CAAAAGUGCCAGAAAAGCGAUACAUGGACUUGCACCGCCACGGCGUACUACUGACCACGCUGGGCUUCGCCGCGCUGACGGGCAACUCGGCGCUGGCCAUCUACCGCUCUCGCGACGACCCGCGCGCCGUCGCGUUCGUGGCCGGCGCCUACGGAGGCAUCGCGCUGCUCUUCCACUUCCUGCGCAAGUUCGAGCGAGGGGACGACGGCGGCAGGACCACCAGGGCGGCGGUCUGGGUGCUCACCACGCUGCUCACGGCCAUGUUCGCCGCCAGGGUCGCCCCGAUGAUGAUGCCGCCGGUCGUCGGCGCCUUGGUGUACCUGAUGGCGGCCGGAACCGCUGGGGCUGGAUUCUGGGCCUUGUUUCUCCGUCGCCAUUGAUGUGCGGAGGACAUACAGAUGAUGAUGAUGCCGGCCGGUGCGCAUAUUCAUACGCGCGACACUGGACAGGAGGAGUAGCAAAAAAUUCUCUUUACAUACCUUCGUUUUUCUUUUUCCAGAUGUUUGAUUAAUUGGCGAGAGAUCGCCUUUUAAAACAGAAAGAAAUUUAGUAUUAUAAAUCGCUGCAAUAAAGCAGGCUUUUAUCACCACAACGAUAAAAGCAGAGGCACGUAAUAAUUAACUUAACUACAUGUGUGUGUCUAUAUAUAUAUAUAUAUGUAAUAGCUAAUAAUAAAGACGCUUGUACAGCAGAAAAGCUUUCCCU